UUAUCGAUGCACAUACGUCCUGCGCAAUUGAAUAUAAACUGCUCGUUUUCUCACCUGUCUUACAGGUUGUUAAAUUAAUUCGUUGUGUUUAAUUGUGUGCAAUGGAAAGCGACAUACUUGAUGGACUUGAUCAAGUCGGCUACAGUGUUGAUCUUGAGGAAAAGGCACUUUCAGUGGCAUGUGAGCAAGGGUUUAAUUCUCAAGAGUUCGUACAUGUGUGUACAUGGCUAUCAUCAAAACUUCACAGAUACUGUGAUGCUCAGGAUCAGAAAUCAGAAAUACCAGAUGAUCCUGAAAAAGUGAAACUCAGAAUAAGUAAACUGUUGAAAGAGCUGUCCUGUCCCUACAAGGGCCUUGAUGGAAAACUGAAGACCAAAAAGCAGCAUCUGAAAAUCCUUUUGUUUUUAGUAUCAGAACUUCAGGCCACACAGAUUACAACAAGCACAACACAAAAAUGUAAAGACACCAGGGUUGAGAAAAAGAUCUCACCUCUUCAAGACCUCCAAGCAAUUUGCAAAGUGCUGAAACUCCCAGAGCCGGACCAACAGCAAACACCAGACUUAUUUUCAUCUAUAGAAAAUGAGAUAAAGGUUUUGCUGAAGAAAGUUCCAGAGAAGCACAUUGGAAACCCAGUGUUAAAGGAGUCCCUUAACAGUGAGCAGUGGAGACAGCUGGAGAAGAUAAAUGGUGUUCUUUCGGAAGACUACGAGUGUCGUCGGCGCAUGCUGAUCAAGCGGCUGGAUGUUACCGUGCAGUCUUUUGGCUGGUCAGAGAGAGCCAAGGCAAAAACUGACACAAUGGCAAGGGCCUAUCAGCCCAAGAGACACUCACUGACAUUAAAGUCAUCAGUAAGCCUUGCCCACCUCCUGGCAGCACGAGAUGACCUCUGCAACAUGGUGAAGACCACCAGUGAGUCCUGCAGGAAGAGGACAGCCUGCGCUGUGAACAAGGUGCUGAUGGGAAGGGUUCCUGAUCGAGGAGGAAGACCCUCAGAGAUUGAAGCUCCUCCCCCUGAGAUGCCGUCCUGGCAGGCGCGACAGGAUGUAGGAGGAGGACGUGGAUACAGAGGUGGUGGUGGAUAUAGAGGAGGAGGUGGCGGAUAUGGAGGUGGUGGUUAUAGAGGUGGAUACGAGCGUGGAGAAUAUGGAGGGGGCGGACAUCGAGAUGGAGGAUAUGGAGGCGGCGGAUGGAGCCGAAGUGGAGGACGACGACAGGGGGGCUAUUAUCAGCGUUAAGACAAUUUUCUUUGUGAUGGAAGAUGAGCGCACUGUUGACAUGAAAAUGCAUGUGAUUAACUGAGUUAAGUUGCUUGUGUGUGUACAACAUAUUUUCAGUUGUUUUUUAUCUUGAAAAUAUGCUCAGAGACUGAAACAGGAAUCAUUAAACAUAUUUAAAUUUGCGUUGUUUGCAUUGACCUGGACGACAGGGCAAGCAGGUCAUGGAUGAAAGGUAAUGAUCUUCACCACAUAUUUUUACUUGGAAAAUGUCUGUAGUACUGUGUUAGUAUUCAGUACACAUUCACUUUUUAAAUCAUCUUUUGUAUUAUUUCUGUUAUUUUAUUUUGGUUAGUACUAGUUUUUGAGAUGAAUCCUAAGGAUUAGCAUUGUGUUAAAUUUAGAAUAAUAAAGACAUGACAACAGUAACAGAGCAACA